GGGCCGCCGCGUCCAGCGGUCACCGGCCCCGCGACCCGCCGCCGCCGCCGUCCGCGCCCGCCGCGGCCAUGCCGGACCCCUGGGACAAGGAUGUGUACCCCGAGCCCCCGCGCCGCACGCCGGCGCCCCCGCCGCACCCCUCGCCGCUCAACCCCGUCCCCUACAUGACGAAGGCCUUUGACCUCCUCGUGGACUGGCCCGUGACCCUGCUGAGAGAAUUUAUAGAGCAGCAGCAAGACAAGAACAAGCAGUACUACUACCACCGGCAGUACCGGCGUGUGCCCGACCUCACCGAGUGCCAGGAGAAGGACGCCCUGUGCAUGUACGAAGCCGAGAUGCAGUGGAGAAGGGACUACAAAGUUGACCAAGAAAUUGUCAACAUUAUCCAGGAGCGACUUAAAGCCUGCCAGCAGAGGGAAGGAGAGAGCCACAAGCAGAACUGUGCCAAGGAACUGGAGCAGUUCACCCAGGUGGCCAAGGCCUACCAGGACCGAUAUUUUGACCUGGGGGCCAAUUACUCUGCCAGGAAGUGCUUGGCAAAGCAGAAGCAGAGGAUGCUGGAAGAGAGAAAGGCAGCCAAAAAGGCUGCAGCCGCCUGAGGAUGCUCCGAGAAGCAGUACCCUCCACUCCCCAUUCUUGUAUUGCUAAAUAAAUGAGGUGACACAACCA